AUGGAGGCUGGGCAUGCUUAUCAUGGACAAAUAAGAGAUGGUCAGUUUCACGGUGAUGGAACUUUGAUCUAUGCCGGCAAUGAAAAAUAUGAGGGUCAAUUCGUGAUGGGCAAGCGGCAUGGCCGUGGCAAGUUUACGUACGCGGAUGGAGCGGUUUUUGAAGGUGAUUGGGUUGAGGACAAAAUUCAUGGAAAGGGAGUAGCCAUUUUCGCGUCCGGGAAUCGGUACGAAGGUGACUGGGCGAAUGGACGCAUUCACGGUCGUGGAGUUCUGACGUAUGCGAACGGAGAUGUAUAUGACGGCGAGUGGGUGGAGGGCAAGAUGUGUGGGCACGGUGUGUAUAAGUACGCUGAAGGUGACAUGUAUUCGGGUGAAUGGAGAGACGACCGUCGUCAUGGUGUUGGUACAGUGCGUUAUGUAUCACCUACAGGGCAGGUGGUAGAGCAGUACGAGGGUGAAUGGGAGAACGGCAAGAUGCAUGGUCGAGGCAAGUAUCUAUACGGGGACGGCGGGGUGUACAGCGGUCAAUGGGUGGACGGAAAGAUGGAGGGUCGCGGUACAUUCGUUUUCCCCAAUGGUAACAUGUACGACGGAGAAUGGGUAGCCGACCAAAAGGAAGGUCUCGGCCGUCUGCAGUACACCAACGGGGAGUGCUACGAUGGAGAGUGGCAUGACGACAAGGUACAUGGCCGCGGCACACUAACUUACUCCAGGGGAGACAAGUAUGUUGGGGAAUGGCAGGAAGCCAAAAAACAUGGUAAAGGCGAACUUCUCUACAGCAAUGGCGAUAGCUUCAAUGGCGACUGGGUUGAUGACCGCGCCUGCGGCUACGGUGUAUUCACCUACGCCGUCGGCAACCGAUAUGAAGGCGAAUGGCGCGAAGAUAAACGACAUGGCAAAGGCAUCUUCCACUGCGUACAGGACGGCGGCGUCUACGAAGGGCAGUGGGCUCACGGCCGCAAAGAAGGACCAGGCAAACUAUCCUGGCCCGAAGGACUCACCAUCACAGGCAUCUGGCGACAAGGACAACUCAUAGAAACACACUCCCUAGAAUUCCCCCCUAAGUCACCUUGGGCCUACCCCGACUUCUAG